AUGGCUCGUAUGCUUAAAGGCGGUGAAGAUCCGGUUUUUAUCGCUCGUCGUAUGUUGAUCGCUGCUUCAGAAGAUAUUGGUAACUCAAAUCCAAAUGCCUUGCUUUUAGCGGGCGAAUGUUUCCGCUCGGUUCAAGCGAUAGGCAUGCCUGAGUGUCGAAUUAUUUUAGGCCAAUGCGCAGUUUAUCUGGCAACCAGUGCAAAGAGUAACAGCACUUAUUUGGCGAUCAAUAAAGCCUUAGAACUUGCAGAAAAAACGUCCAACCUACCUGUGCCACUCCAUUUACGUAAUGCACCGACCAAGCUCAUGAAACAACAAGGCUAUGGUGUGGAUUAUCUUUAUCCUCAUAACUACCCUGAAAAUUUUGUGCUACAGGAAUAUUUACCACCUGAAUUGAAAGGCACAAAAUUAUAUGAGUCUGCUCGUAAUAAGCGUGAAGUUGAAGGUGAGCGUUUACAGCAACGUCGUUGGCAACAAGAACAGCAGCAACAGUAG